GGCCAGUUGCGGACUCGACUCUUAUACGAGACACACAAGAGAACCUGCCGUGAUUCCAUUUCCCCCCCCCCCUCCGCUCUCUUCAAAUUGAAACAUUGAAGGAACAUCAAAAAAUUAAAGGAUUAUUUUCUCAUUUCAAAAAACAUUUGCAUCAGUGAGUGACGUUAGGAUAACCUUAUCCGUCCAAGUGUUUGUUGCGGUGCGCGAGUGUCAAAGGACAAGAUUACGUUUAAAACAAUAAAUCAAAAGUGCCGAACAUCGACAAUGAUCUGAACGGACUAAGAUCCCAACAUUUUCCCCAUCGUAUUGCGGGGGGUGGGGGGGUGUUGUUGUGCGCGGGCCCCAAUCGGCCGGGACGUGUGCAGCGAAGAGCGACUGCGAUGAUGAAUCGCAAUCACGGCAAAAGGGAUUUCAUGUCGGAGAUGGAGGGCGAAAAGUACAGCCUGAGACCGCGCUCCAUCGCUAAACGUCUCGAGGUGGAACAGAAGCUCAAACAGCCCGUGCUGGCCAAACGGACGCCCAAGCCCAAACAGAAGCCGGCCCCGUUGAGCAAGUACCGGCGGAAGACGGCCAACGCUCGCGAGCGAUCCCGAAUGAAGGAGAUCAACCAGGCGUUCGAGACUCUGAGACGGGCCAUUCCGGCGGCGGCCGAAUCGUCCAUCUCGCCUUACUCGCACCACUCGGCAUCGUCCCCGUCCCCUUCGUCUUCGUCGUCGUCAUCGUCGUCGUCGUCCAGCAGCGAUCGUUCGUCGUGCGGCGGCAGUUCCAGCAGCAGCAGCGAAAAGUGGACGAAAAUCACGACGCUAAGGCUGGCCAUGGACUACAUCGAAGCCCUGACGCGCGUCCUGGAACACGACGCUCUCCUCAUGAACGACGACGACGGGUUCUGCGGCAGCGGGCUCCUGAUCAGCGACCGCGGAUCGCUCAGCAGUUUGGGCAGCAUCGGCAGCAGCAGCGGCGGCGAUUUGCUCUCCGACGACCUCGACUCUUUCGACGACAUCCCCAACAUCGGCACGUCCGUCAUCAACGGUGUCGAUCAUUGCUGCGCAGACGACGACAUGGCGUUCGACAUUUUUCUAGAGUCCGAUCACGGUGGCGACAGCCUUCAUUGCGCGUUCCAUCACCACCCGGAGCUGGUCGGAGCAGACACACCUCAACCCAAUACACCUUGAUCUUAAUUUCUUUUCUCUCUUUUCCCUCACUCAUAUGUCCGUCUGAUUUUUUUAAAAAAAUCUAAUUGAAAACAACAACAACAAACAACAACAACAACAAAAAGAGCUUUUGCUGUGGCUACGUUGUCGUGUGCAUGCGACACGGCAUCAUUUAUACCAAUUGUCUAGUCAAAUCGAAAUGACAUCCGCUGUCGUUUUUUUUUCUUUCUUUCCAACCCCCCCGUGUGCCAGCACCGCAAACUGUUGCAUCCAUCCUUUCAUUUUCUACUUGACGGUUCUUGCGAUUUGUUUUAUCGAAGCCAAGUGCCAGACAGAAACUUGAAAAUAAAAAUGUUUGUCGCAAAUCAAGAUUAAAAUCGAAGAAGAAGAAGAAGAAAAAAAAAUGUAAUCAAUUGGAACAUAUCAAAUCCGGUGCUGAAUUUUUCAAAAAAAAAAAAAAAAAAAAAAAAAAAAAAAAAAAAAAAAAAAAAAAAAAAAAUUAUUUUUUCUUACAUUCCAUCGCGUGAAUUGUUUGUUUUCCCUCUUCCCGAUUUGUGUAUCACCUCUAAAAGAGUUUCCCUUUUCUUUUUUCUUUUUUUGUGAAACAAAUAUGUCCUCCCCUAUUGUGCAUGUUUCCUUCUAUUUUCUAGAACAUGAUGACAUUACGCGUCGGUUGUUGUUAGCCAAUCAUUGCAACGUGUUUUUCUAAAAAACAAUCUCGUGACAGACUGAAAGACAAACAAUCAGUGCAAUUACUUAAUCGGUGGCCUCAUUCAAUACAUUGUCAGCAUUGGAUUCACACAUCGACGAAGAGAUACAAAAUAUUAAAUAGCGACAAGAAAAUGGAAGUGCAACGACAUCGCUGCGCAUUUUCAUUAUCUAUCGCCAAUGUUGGAAACCCCCCUCUUUACAAACGCACAAACACGAAAUGUAGUGUGUGGCGUAUUCGUCAAAAAAAAAAAAAAAAAAAAAACAAAUUAAAAAUAUAAAAAAAAAAAAAAACAAAUUAGAUCAAUGUCUUGUUGCUCCAUGCCAGUGUCGUUUGUUUCAACAAAAAAAUAAAUAUCACAGCCAUA